CUCUUAGACGCGUAUAUCAGCACCGAGAUGGGAAUGCAAGCCCAGGCGGCAUCCAUUGAUUUCCUGAGCAUUCAGACUCAAUUGGAUGAUGAGGAGCCACUGCUACUCACCGGCGAUGUCAAGACCGGUCUUGUGCUCAUGGACGUCGUCAACGGAUUUUGCACAGUCGGAGCCGGCAACCUGGCUCCACAAAAACAUGAUGAACAAAUAGCUGGAAUGGUGGAUGAAUCAGUGAAGCUUGCUAAAGUGUUCUGUGAAAAGAAAUGGCCGAUUUAUGCUUUCCUUGACAGUCAUCAUCCCAACAUCCCUGAGCACCCAUAUCCUCCUCACUGCAUAAUUGGAACUGAUGAGGCGGAAUUGGUUUCUGCUCUCAAGUGGCUGGAGAAUGAACCUAAUGUGACGAUUAGGCGUAAGGAUUGUAUUGAUGGAUUCGUCGGUUCUCUUGAAAGUGAUGGCUCCAAUAUAUUUGUAAAUUGGGUGAAAAGCAAUGAGAUCAAAGCUAUAUUGGUCGUGGGAAUAUGCACAGACAUAUGUGUUCUAGAUUUUGUCUCUUCAGCGUUAUCUGCAAGAAAUCAUAGGGUUCUCUCCCCGUUGAAAGAUGUGAUAGUGUAUUCACGUGGCUGUGCUACUUAUGAUCUUCCAGUUCAUGUUGCUAAAAACGUCAAAGGGGCCUUGGCUCAUCCCCAGGAGUUGAUGCAUCACAUAGGGCUAUACAUGGCAAAGGGAAGGGGAGCAAAGAUAGUUUCACAAGUCUCACUUGGGACUCCACAUUAAACCUGAUCAUCAGUUUUUCAGGAAUUCAGUUUCGUAUAAUUGAAGAGGGAUACUUCUCCUUCUGCACAGAUGUUUUAACACCUGUUUUGUUGUCCCUAUCAAUCUAGCAUAAGAUGUAUACACACAUACUCCAUUAUGUUUCCUUAAUAUUUGGAGAAUUGCUACUCAUUAAAGUUACUGUCUAACAAUAUGAGAUCUCAAAUUUACUAUCUUAAUGUUGGUUAAGAUACUCUUCAUAUUAUUUGAACAUCCAAGCAUAACGAGA